AUAUAUGUAUAAGAUUAAUGUAAUUCUAUGACAGGAGUAAAAAAUAUAAAUAAGUAUUAUAAAGAUUGAGAAUAAAUAAAUAUGACAUUAUUAUUUAGUAUUGUGUAUAUAAUAGUUGUGCCAGCCGGUAAAUCCCAAUGUUUCCCGACAAAUUCGAGCUCCAGCUAAAAACAGUACGUCGAUCUACGAGCCAACAUUCAGAGCAGUUUAACAAAACGUGUAAUAAAUAAUCUAGCUGCCACGAAAUUAAAACUCUCAUAAAAUACUCAAGGUUACUAAUUCCCGUUAAAUUAAAUUUUAAAUUUCAAAUUAAAAAGUUACUAUAAAUAGUGAAAUUUAUUUACAAGCGCAGCAUAAUUGCCUCAUAUAUCAACAAUUAUAAUCCCAUAUAAAAAUCACCACAGAUACGCACACACAUGAUAACAUUCAGGUGUAUUGUUAUGUAAUCCACCUGCCGCUUGCUCGUACAGUUGAUUCAAGGUAAUAAAAGUGAUACCCAAUCAAUAAAAUAAAUCUUAGACUCAUCGAGAUUUACUUGUGUGCUACUUACUUUUGAUAUUUAUUAGCUCGACAAUGGCAUUGAGCGAUAAAAUGAAUGCAUGCAACCCGACAAUUGCGGAGAGACACAAUGCAGCCUCAAAUUGUCUUAUACAGAACAACACUCAUCAGUUAUACUGCUGGGGCAAUAAUCGUUACGAUAAUUACUAUUUUAAUGAACUGGGAGUAAACGCAAAUGACGUCUGGUUAUUAACGAUUUGUAACACAUCACAAUUAUUAUUCAACGCAAAUCGAAUAUUAAGUAAAUUCUACAAUGUUAGUGAGCUGAUUAUAGUCGAUGGUAAUUUGACCAAAAUCACUAAUGCAUUCCCUGCAGAAGCUACUAAACUUGAAAGAAUUCAUAUCAGCGGAACAAAACUCCGUUAUCUGCCAGACGACUGCUUUAAAAAUUUACCGGCGUUACGUAGUGUAGACUUGAGGAAUAAUUCAUUGACAGUGAUUAAUCCGAAAGUGCUGUCGUCGUCGCCGUUGACACAGGCACUCGAUUAUUCUGUUUAUUUAGCUGGUAAUCCUUGGAAAUGCGACGAAAAUAUGGUUUGGAUAAUAAAUGAUGAAAAUUAUUCUUCUCUGAUAAAAAGAAUUGUUGAUAGAGAUAAAUUGGACUGCACUGAGCCCUAUGCAAGUCGCUCUCUUAUCGCAGUGAUUAGCAUAAUAACGACUCUGAAACAAGAAUGUCAACAAACUCCCUGUGAGUGCGAAUUGGUGUACGUAAUUGGAGGGCAUUUUAACCGAAGGGAGCAAAAUUUCCAUCAGAGAUCACAACUCAUGGCAUUUAUUACCGUCAAUUGUAGCUUUCUGGGUCUUACUGAGAUGCCUAAAUUUAUACCAGAAAAUACGACGAAACUUUAUCUUACUGGCAAUAAGAUCAGCGAUCUUAGUCCUCUUGUGGAGAAUCCCGUUUAUAGACAAGUUCUCGAUCUUUAUUUAGACGAUAAUUUAAUUGGAUCAAUUGCUCAAUUAGACGGUUCUUAUUGGCUCGAGCACUUUCGAUUGUUCAGUCUUCGAGGGAACAAAUUAACAGACUUACCGACUUACGCUCUAGAAAACGCUCUGCACAACAGCGUAACUGCCGUCAGUGUUUUUCUGGGCGACAAUCCUUGGACGUGUGACUGCUUCUUCACCCCCGGGUUCCAAGAUCUUUUAAUUAAAUAUACAAACAUAUUCAAAGAUAUAAAUGAUGUUAGAUGCAACUCAACGUCAUCUUUAUACAGCAGCGAACAUAAUAAAAUUUUAAAUAAACCUAUUAAGGAUUUAACUAGAACGGAAAUAUGUAUAAUUUAUGAUGAAGAAAGUUGGUUGUCAUUCUACCCACUCGACAUCUUGAAUGUCAUCUUAGCACUUAUAAUUGUUUUCAUUAUCGGAAAACUUGCUUACGACUACUGGGCCUUCAAAAAGACAGGAAAGCUGCCCUGGAUCGUUACUAAAAUUCCAUGAUUAUUUAUAAAUUAUUAUUUAUUUUAAAAAAAUUUUUUCGGAUGAUUUUAAAAAUUUUAAACUCGUUCAACAAACACGCUCUGUAAGUUCGCUAACUAAAGACCAAAAGGUUCAAAGCGUCCUUUUAUACCAGGCUCCUCAUUAACUUCUACUAUCAAGUUUCUUCCAAAGGUUUCGAGCUUAAUUAUUAAUACCAACUGAUUGGUAAUCACGAAUUAGCAAGCCGGAGGAGGGAUGAAAAGACUUCUUAAACUUUUUUCAGUCUUCAGUAUCCAGUGGAGCUUCAAGUAGAAAAUUAAGUUCUAUUUGAAAACUGCCGGACAUCAUCCGAAAAAUGUAUCUAGUAAAUUGUGUGUAGAUUUAAAAAGUAUUGAGUUUUAAAUGAAUUUAUAGGAUAUACUUAUUAUGAUAUAUCUUUGGAAGGCGAUUUUCUGGGGAUACGUGAUUUUUUUUUCGGCGAUACUGAAGGAAAGAAAAAUCGAUAGUGAUAUGUAUAGAUGUAUAAAUUACUUGAGUGAGUGAACUAAUAAAAU